UUAUCAAAAACACUGAAACAUGUGCAAAUAUUUCRUCUUUGCACCACCAAUUUCAUCACCUUAAAAGUAACUUUAUCUGUCAAUUGGUCUUAGCCCUGUAUGUUAAGUACAGGUGCUACCAUUAGAUCAUUUACCAGAGCUUUAUCGCGYAAUCGAAGAAGAAUCUGCGAAGCAUUUGAUCCACUCUCGAAAAACCACGAUUCGCUUACAAAUUCACAGUUUGUACGAUUUUAUUGUACAAAAAUGGCAUCUUGUAGCCCRACAAUGACUCCUGAGGAAAAGUUUCAACUAAUUUCAAGAAAUCUGCAGGAAAUAGUUGGUGAAGAAAGAUUGAAGAAUUUGCUCAAAGAACGCAAUAUUAGUUUGUACUGGGGAACAGCAACGACUGGUAAACCGCAUGUCGCAUAUUUUGUGCCUAUGACCAAGAUUGCAGAUUUUCUGCAUGCAGGUUGUGAGGUGACAAUUCUGUUAGCUGACCUUCAUGCGUACUUGGAUAAUUUGAAGGCUCCUUGGGAACUCUUAGAGUACAGAGUCAAAUACUAUGAAGAAGUUGUCAAGGCAAUGCUGGAAUCAAUCAGUGUUCCAUUGGACAAGUUGAAGUUUGUGAAAGGAACUGAUUAUCAGCUGAAGAAAGACUACAUUCUUGAUAUUUUCAAGAUGACCACUUUAGCAACAGAGCAUGACUGCAAGAAAGCUGGUUCUGAAGUUGUCAAGCAAGUACAGCAUCCAUUACUAAGUGGACUACUUUACCCUGGAUUACAGGCACUAGAUGAAGAAUACCUCAAAGUAGAUGCUCAGUUUGGUGGWGUUGAUCAAAGAAAAAUCUUUAUGUUCGCUGAAAAGUACCUACCAAUUUUAGGAUAUACCAAGAGAAUCCAUUUUAUGAAUCCUAUGGUUCCUGGUCUUACAGGUGGCAAAAUGAGUGCAUCUGACGAGGACUCCAAGAUUGACUUGUUGGAUAGCGCAUCAGCGGUCAAGAAAAAAGUCAAGAAAGCUUUCUGUGAAGAAGGCAAUGUGACUGAAAAUGGUGUACUUUCCUUUGCUAAAUUUGUGAUUUUCCCUGUUUUAGCCAUCAAGRGAAUCAAUGAAUUUGUAGUCCAUCGUACGGAAGAGAACGGUGGAAAUUUAGUCUUUACAGAUUAUGAAUCUCUACAGGACACAUUUGAAAAGAAGGAGCUGCAUCCCUUGGACCUAAAAGAUGCUGUUAGCAAAAUCUUAAAUGAUCUCUUAGAGCCAGUUCGACAGAAAUUUGAAAAGCCAGAAUUCAAAAAAAUCAAAAAUUUAGCUUACCCAGAUCCCAAGAAAACAAAAAGUAAAGGAGGYGCAAGUGCUAAUGCUGACAGAUCAGUGGAUCCUUCACGUUUAGAUUUACGCAUUGGUAAAGUUGUAUCAGCCAAGAAGCAUCCAGAUGCCGAUGCCUUGUACUUAGAAGAAAUAGACAUUGGUGAAGAAAAACCCAGAACUGUUGUAAGUGGUUUAGCAGCUUAYCUUCCCCUUGAGGACUUACAAGACAGAAUGGUGGUGAUGCUGUGUAACUUAAAACCUGUGAACAUGAGAGGUAUCAAAUCAGAAGCAAUGCUGCUUGCAGCCUCUACUGGAGAAGGAGAUGAGAGAAAGGUAACACCACUGACACCACCUGAUGGAUCUAAACCUGGAGAUCGUGUAAUUGUCGAAGGCUUUGAUCACAAAGAUGUAGGAGCACCUGACGAGCAGCUCAAUCCUAAGAAAAAGAUUUUUGAGACUCUCAAACCCGAUUUGGUAGUUUCAAGUGAAGGACAGGCAGAAUACAAAGGAAGUCCACUGACGACAAGUGUUGGCAAGAUUACAUCUCUACUUAAAAAUGCUCAAAUAAGCUGAAUGGAUUGCUGCAACGAAAUUGCUGCAAUGAAAUUAUCAGAUAGUGAUAAAGAUAAAAUAAAAAUCAAUCAAGAGUUGAAUAAUUAGA